CAACAGAUCAAUAAUGGUCCGACACAGCAUCCUCCAGCUCGGUGGCAAAGGCCGGAUAGAGAGCGAGGGUGAAAGGGGUAGCAGAGAGAAACCCCUCUAAUAGAACCCGGAGGAAGCCAGUGAAGACACGGCGUUUCAUGAGGAAACAGUCAAGAUCCAAUGUCCGUGAAGGGUGCUUCAAUUGCACGGUGCACAUGUGAAGGAUAUCCAUCCCCAGACUGUAAUGCGCGGAUUUUUACGUGGUACAUUGUACUGUGCUCUGUGGUAUGGUAGUAUAGUAGCAGGCUUUUUAUUUAUCGCCUGCCCGCUCUUGCCAUUGCUGUUGUUCAGUCCACCGAGAUUUCGAAAAUGCGGAGAGCUCUUAUUCUCGUGCUGGGAACUUUAUCCUACUGCUCUAUUGAGGGCAUUCGGUGUAAAGAUCUAUGUGUCUGGCGAUCAUAUAUCUCCUAAUGAAUCGGCCGUGCUUGUGAUGAACCACAGAACGAGAGUGGACUGGAACUUCCUAUGGGCGGCGAUGUACCAAGCAUGCCUGCCCAGUGUCGGGUGUCAUAAGUUGAAGUUUAUUUUAAAGGAUCCUAUACGGCACAUUCCUGGCCCAGGAUGGAUAAUGCAAAUGAAUGGUUUCCUUUACAUAACGCGACGUUGGGAAGAGGAUCGGGGCCGAUUGUCGCGUACGCUCGAUUACCUGAUCGCGUUAGAUAGCCGCACGCAGCUGCUGAUAUUCCCCGAAGGCACUGAUUUAACGGAGACCAGUAGGGAAAGGUCGGACAAGUACGCCUUGCAGCAUAAUCUGCCUCGUUAUACCUACACCCUCCAUCCGAAAACGACCGGGUUCGCCUACUUGGUCCAGCAUCUGCAGCGCGCGAGUUACCUCGACGCCGUGUACGAUCUGACGAUAGCGUAUCCGGACUACAUACCGCAGUCCGAGGUCGAUCUGAUCAGAGGUAAGUUCCCGAGGGAGGUGCACUUCCACAUAAGACGGAUAUCGUCCGCGGAUAUACCGGCGCACGAUGACUCGACCCUGAGGAGGUGGCUGGAGGACAGGUGGUCCGACAAGGAGGCGAUCCUGAAGGGAUUCUACGAGCGGAAGGCGUUCUCCAGCCAGAUCUGGCCGAUGACGAAGACGCUGCCGUUACGAGCCGCAUUCGGAUUCUGGAGCAUAUUAACAGGGAUGACGGUGCUUCUACUCAUCGUUUCUCCGAUCUUCCAGCUGUGGACCCUGAUUCACGCAUUGUUCUUCAUCGGUCUGUCGAUUCUCAACACGUGCUUCAAUCAGAUUGAGAUCGGGUGGUAUUGGCGCUGGAAAAAACUAUUCCUUCUGAGCUAAAUGUUAGUUAAUCGAGAAUAUAUUUUUCUUUUGAACGUCACUAGGGAAUCGCGUAGCUCUUUGUCUCUGUGAUAAUACUGUGUAUAAGAUGGUAUAAUGCUAGGAGAAGAGCAGAUGUAAUUUCAAAACUCUUGUGCAAUAUCGCAAUUUAAAUGUAAUCGUGUCCAGCGAUGGAUAUCCUUCUCUUGAAAGUUUCCAAACUGUUCGAUCAUAUAAAGAUAUUGCUUCUACAUAUUAUUCCGUGCUAUUUGAAAUCGGAAAUUCUUGAAAGUCUUGAAAAAUUGUAAGUCUUAAGAACUCUUUAAAUGUCUGAGACAUUCUUAGAAAUGUAUAAAAUUUUAAAAGAAACAAUUAUCUACAUUAUAGAUGUCUAAAAUUGCUUUUCUUAAAUAUAAAUCGGAAAGUAGAUUGAAACAGUAACGUACGAUGUUACAUGAAAAAGAAGAUAUAUUUUCAGAAUAUUCAAGACUUUUCAGAUUUUUGAUACAUUCGAGAUUUUCGAAAUGUUCAAGACUUUCAGACAUCUUUUGGCUUCGAAUGAUAUUCGAAAUGACUCGACAGUUUCGUAUCUAACGGGAUUUAAUAUAUUUGGAGUCCAUCGCUAGUUGCAAUAUAAUUGCACUGUUUUAAUCCUUUUACGUUUAUAAUGUCCCUUGUCGCAGCGUUUUAAAAACAUGGUAGCGUAUAAGAGAUAAGAGUAUAUAGUUCUCUGAUAAUCGUAGCCCAUUGUUCCGUGCUAAAUUAUAGAGAACACCGGUAUGCAAGCGACACUUCUGUUAUCGAUUUUGAUUGUAAUUGAAUCACUAUUGAAAUUAUAUAUCUCGGCACUCAAUUUUUCCAGCAAAUGUAAUCAGCCGUAUUUAUCAGCCUCUCUUUUUAAGUGACGAUCGGAUUUCUAAUCACAUAAACACACACACGUACAAAACAUUGGUGAUUUGUGUUGACAGUAAUGUUAAAGUGAAAAUGCAUUUUUAACAGGAAUAUAUUUAAUGGAAAUGUCUAUAUUUAUAAAACAUAUAUAAAUUUUUCGGAGACUUACUGACGAAAUAAUAACGCUUUGAAAGAAAUACUAAUUUUUACUCCAAUAAAUUUUUAAUAAAAAUUGAUACAAAUAAAUUGAAUAUUAAGAUACACACACACA